UUGAGCCUCCGCUGCAGCGUAUUCGGCAGCAGAAAAAAUGUCUGUUUGGCUUAGCUUUUGCAGCUGCGCACCUACCACAGCGAGGGAACUUUAGACUUGAAACUGCUGUUGUUCGUGUUAUUUUGCGAUUGCGACCUGCCCUGCAUCACUUCACUCAAAAAAUGUGCGCUAAAUAGGAUGCUGCACAUGCAAUGUACGGUAAAAGUUGGACCAAACAGACACUCGCUUGCGGUUCAUCACUCAUAAACCUCCCAACCUUUCGAACAUUUUACUGAGGGAUGCAAAUGGAUCCGGAGUUGAUUGAGCUCUCAUCCCGAUUAGGGCCGCAUGGGAAAGUAAACGGAGGCCCAAAAGUAAGGGAAAAGCCAGCAGGGAAAAUGAAGCGGGAGGUAGGAAAUCCUUUUCUUUUCUUGAUCUGUUUCGAUCACCGUCCGGGCUUUUCGGAUUGAAGCUUUAAAUAGGGCAAAAAAUAUAAUAAACAUUAUUUUUCUCGUAAGUUUGUCCCUAUGGAUCUAUCCUCUUUGCGCCGCGCCCUUGUUUUUAAACUUUCCUCUAACUAUGCACCAAAUAUAAAAGAAAAAAAAAGUUACAAUGUAUAGACACUUCGUAUAACUUUAUUUUAAAAUUGACUCCUUGAGUUCUUUUUUUUUAUUUGAUUUAUAUUUUUCCUACUUAUUAACAUGUGAUUUGGCUCCUUUUGCUAGCAAUUUUAGGGAUUCUGGUCGUAUCAUAAUAAACGAUUAUAAGAGAUGCACGCGAUCAAGUAUAGUUUUAGUUAAAAAGUGGUCAAGUGCAUCUCUCUCCGCGGCGUUUUGAUUCUAAUUGUAUUUCAAAAAUUAUUAAAAAAGGUAGCUAAAUCAAAUAGUUGAUAAGUCCAGGGGUGUUAAUGAAAUAAAAGAUACUUCGAGGGGUCAAUUUCAAAAAAAAAAAAGAAAAAAAAAAGAAGCAUAGAGCCGUAGCAACACUAUAAAAGCCCCACCGACCUCCCCCUCCCCCACACCUCUGCACCUCUUCCAUGGCUCUCCUUCGCUCCCUUCUCUUCCCUUCCCUCUGCCCCCAAACCCUAACCCUAACCCCGUUCCCCUCCACCAAAACCCCCGCUACCGCAACCAGGCGACCUCGCAGGCGCGCUCGAGCUCCGCUCAUGGCGACCUCGCGCGACGCCACCAAGCUCGUCACCUUCCUCGGCAAGGGCGGCGCCGGGAAGACCACCGCCGCCGUUCUCGCUGCUAAGUACUAUGCAAGGGAAGGAAUGCGCACAUGCUUGGUAGUACAUUCUCAGGACCCGACUGCAGAACAGCUGAUGGGUUGUAAUUUCGGAAAUUCUCCAACUGACUGCGGUAACAAUCUUUCUGCGGUUAAGUUGGAAACAAGCAAAUUGCUGCUUGAGCCUCUUAAUCGAGUGAAGAAAGUUGAUGCCCGUUUGAAUCUUACUCAAGGAAUCCUUGAAGGGGUUGUAGGAGAAGAGCUCGGAGUUCUUCCUGGAAUGGAUUCGAUAUUUUCGGCAUUAACCCUUCAAAAGCUGGUUAAUUUUCUUCCUGAUAGAAAAGAUGGUGCUUCGACUGAGUUUGAUAUUAUAGUCUAUGACGGGAUUAGUGCUGAGGAGACACUGCGACUGGUCGGUGCCACUGAGAGAGUAAGAUGGUACUUAAAGUACAUGAGGAAUUUGGCGGAGAAGACAGAAAUUGGAAGAUUGACUUCUCCUUCGAUGCUAAAACUGGCUUAUGAUUCUGCAAGGCCAAAUGGCAGAACCAGCGAAGGCAAAACGAGCACAGAGAUUUGGAAUGAGAUCGAACAAAUUCUAGGGAAAGCUUCAACCUCAUUCACCGACUCUAAUAAGUUCAGAUGCUACCUUGUGAUGGACCCAAAAAGAUCAAUAACAAUAACUUCAGCACUACGUUAUUGGGGUUGUGCGAUUCAAGCUGGAACACAGAUUUCUGGAGCACUUGGUUUUGCUCCACAAUCUUCUUCAAUAUCACAAGAAGUUGCUGGGAAAUUCACCCCCUUAUCCGUUGGAACUCUGCCAUAUCUCUUGAUUGAUUCCUCUUUAGAUUGGGAUGCAGCAAUAAGUUCUUUGAGCCAAGAUACAGAAGAUCUCCUUACAACUACGCACAAAUGUUCGCACCCUUCUGUUACAUUUGAUACUUCCCAGAAGUCUGUGAAACUUUUUAUGCCUGGCUUUGAUAAGUCCGAGAUCAAAUUGUACCAGUAUCGAGGAGGAUCGGAGCUGCUCGUAGAAGCAGGGGACCAGCGGCGCAUCAUUAAGUUGCCACUUGGCAUGCAGGGAAAGGUCUCGGGUGCUAAAUUCAUCGACAGAAACCUUGUUGUGAAGCUCCGGUAAAACUUCAAGGACUUUGACAAAGAAGUUCGAGGAAAACAGUUCCGCUUUCCAUUCAGAAAAGGAAAAGAAGAUCAUGCAUCAAAAGAUCGUCAAUCGCAAUUUAGUUGAUGACAAGUACAAUUCUUUUAUCUUUCCCUCCUUUUUCAUCAUUCUAUACGUAAUUUUAUGUUUAGAUUCUGUUACUUAGUCACUUCCAAAAAAUGUAAACAUUCUGUUUAUAGAAUGAAUGAAUGAAAGUUAAAAAUUGUAGUCACAUACUAUAUCUGUUUAAUUUCAGAUAGUAACUUAUUUUA